CUCUUUUAUCCUCGAAACCGAGGGAAGGAUUUGGGAAGAGAGAGAGAGAACGAGGAGAGAAUGCCUCUCAAGGUCGAGGACGCAACGCUUGCCGAUUUUGGAGAUGCUUUCGAGAAUUUUAAGGCUGUGAAUUCUGGGAAUCAGAUGAAGUUCUUGCUCUUCCUGGCCGAUAAGGAUCCUUCGACUUCUCUCAGUUGGUGUCCUGAUUGCAAUGUAGCAGAGCCUGUAAUAUACAAAAUGCUGGGAGCAUCAGAAAAGGAUGUGUUGCUGCUGAGAGCAUACGUCGGAGAUAGACCGACCUGGAGAAAUCCUAGCCAUCCAUUGAGAAUUGAUAACUUGUUCAAGCUCAAGGGUGUUCCAACGCUCAUCCGAUGGGAGAAUGAAGGCGUCGCCAAUCGCUUGGAAGACCACGAAGCUCAUAUUGAAAGCAAAAUCGAAGCAUUAAUGUCCAUUUGAUAAAGUUCUUAAGUUCCUGCUUAACUGAAACUUCAUCUUGUCUCUGAAUAAUGAAUGUCCAUUGCUCAUUAUGUUUUGCCAACACUGAAAUACAUUUUGAGUGAAUGAGAUGCUUACUUCCAAGGAUUAUUAUGAGCAUUAUUUUCA